AUGAAAGUCACUGACGGAUUGGAGCAGGCCAAAAAGGUCGAAGACAAAUGGGCUUCCGCACCUCCAGUUGAACACUUCGAUCGCCAACACUUCGUGGAAUAUUUCCCCCAGGAGUUUUACGAUCUGCGUUACCAGAACAGAAUUCCGGAUCCAUGCAAUCUUGGACUUAACGAAAGCCCAGAAAUUGAAGCUCGGUUCAAGGACUACAAGGUCCUGCGACGUGCGGAUAAAGUUGAUGAUCACUAG